AAACACAUAAUCAUGGCAAGGGGGAAGAUCCAGAUCAAGAGGAUUGAAAACGAUACGAACAGGCAGGUUACUUAUUCCAAGCGCCGGAACGGACUUUUCAGGAAGGCCGGCGAACUUACUGUUCUUUGCGAUGCUAAGAUCUCCAUUCUUAUGUUCUCAAGCACCAGCAAACUCCACGAGUUCAUCAGUCCUUCUAUUUCGGCAAAACAGAUGUUUGAUCAGUAUCAGAAGACGGUAGGGGUUGAUCUUUGGAGUUCGCAGUAUGAGAGGAUGCAAGAACAUCUGAAGAAACUGAAAGAUGUGAAUAGGUCUCUCCGAACCGAGAUCAGGCAGAGAAUGGGAGAUUGUCUGAACGAGUUAUGCUAUGAACAACUUGUGGGGCUUGAGCAAGACAUGGACAGUUCCCUUCAGCGAAUCCGAGACCGCAAAUUUAAGGUUCUCGGCAACCAGAUUGAGACCCAUAGGAAAAAGUUGAGAAAUGUGGAGCAGAUACACAGAAACUUACUUCAAGAAUUUGAUGUACGAGAGGAGGAUGUACAAGUGGACUGUGGAGUUGUUGAGAAUAUGAAUGGAGAGUAUGUUGGAGGUGGUUUUCAUGGAUAUGGAGGCCGCACAAGUCCUCGCAUUUUCGCGGUUAGGGUUCCUCCCAGUGAUAACCACAUCAUGAGGGGUAGUAAUCAUCUUCAGUUGUCGAAUAAUGGGGUUGGUGUUGUCGGAUCGGAUCUCACAACCUAUGCUUUGCUUUAG